AUGCCGACCACUGUAGUGCUGCUGAUCGUGUUGCACUUGCUGUCCGUGGCGGCGGCUCAGCGCCAGCCAUCCAUGGCGCUGCGGGAGUGCCGCGAAACGUGCGGCAACGUCACCGUCCCCUACCCCUUCGGCAUCGGCGCCGGCUGCUACCGCGACGACGGCGUCAGCGGCUUCCAGCUCGAUUGCGACGACUCCGGGCCUUCGCCACCACGCCUCACCAUCGUAAGCCGUGGGUACCGCCUCGCCGACAUCUCGCUCGCGGCCGGCGAGGCCACGACCUUCCUCAACGCGACGCGCAGCUGCUACAACUCGUCGGGCGGGUUCAUCGACGGGAAAACAGACACGUACAUGGGCAUCAACCACAGCCCCUACCUCUUCUCGUCCAACAAGACCCAGCUCGUCGCGAUCGGCUGCCCCACCCUCGGUUUCUUCGUCGACGGUCCCGGCCAGUACGUCAGCGGCUGCAUGUCCGUGUGCCGGCCGGCGCAGUACGACUUGCCGGGCCCGUGCACCGGCGUCGGGUGCUGCCGGAGUGCCAUCCCCAAGGGGGUUGACUUCUUCGAGCCGGCGCAGAACAACUUCCCGCCAGGGCAGAGUGGGUAUGAGACAAUUGCAGCCCAGGCCACGCCGUGCCACUACGUCUUCCUCGUGCAGACAGACUGGUUCGACAGCGAGCGCAUCAUCCUCAACCGCACCGAUGAUUUUGAGGUGCCCGUCGUGCUCGACUGGGCCAUCCGGAACGUCGGUAAAUGCAGCGCCGCCGAGGGAAACGCGACGGCGGACUUCGCGUGCCGGAGCGCGCACAGCAAGUGCUUCGAUGUCGACAACGGGGACGGCUACCGCUGUAAUUGCUCCAAGGGCUAUGGCGGCAACCCCUACAUCGACGGUGUCGGCGGAUGCAUAGACAUCGACGAGUGCCAACAUAAAGAAAACUACGGGUGCCACGCAGUCUGCGUAAACACGGAGGGAAACUUCACUUGCAAAUGCCCUCCGGAGGAAACUGGAGAUCCCAACGUCAAGAAUGGUUGCCGACCAAAGGACAAGUUCACCGUAGCUCUCAAAGCCGUUACAGGGGUUGGCGUGGGAGUGAUCUUGUUGGGGUCCAUAUUCUGCGGCACCUGCCUGGCGCUGCAGAAGAGCAACCUCAUGAGAACAAAGAAGAAAUUCUUCGAGCAUAACGGAGGGGUCAUCCUGCAGCAACAGAUGCGGUCGUACAAUGGCACCGCCGGUGGAUCCACUGGUGGAUUCAAGAUAUUCUCCAGUGAAGAGCUAAAGAAGGCGACAAACAACUUCGCCACCGACCAGAUCCUCGGCCGUGGAGGCCACGGCAUCGUCUAUAGAGGUGUCCUCGCAGACAAUUCGGUGGUGGCCAUCAAGAAGUCCAAGAUGAUGGAGGAGGCCGAGACCAAGGAGUUCACAAGGGAGAUGCUUAUCCUCUCCCAAAUCAACCACCGAAAUGUCGUCAAGUUGCUUGGCUGUUGUCUCGAGGUGGAGGUGCCGAUGUUGGUAUAUGAGUAUGUCUCAAAUGGCACCCUGUACCAGUACAUACAUGGUGGCAAGGGACUCAAUGCUGACACGGCCUUGGAUACCCGUCUUCGGAUUGGGGCGGAGUCGGCGGAGGCGUUGGCCUACAUGCACUCGUCGGCUUCGCCACCAAUCCUCCACGGUGACGUCAAGACAGCUAACAUCCUGCUUGAUGGCAGUCUCACCGCAAAAGUAACGGACUUUGGAGCAUCAAAGCUGGCUCCAAGCGAUGAGGCCGAGGUCAUCGCCACUCUAGUGCAAGGCACAUGUGGGUACCUAGACCCGGAGUACCUUAUGACAUGCCAGCUGACAGACAAGAGCGACGUGUACAGCUUUGGCGUCGUGAUGUUGGAGUUGCUGACCAGGAAAAAAGUGCUAUGUUUUGAUGGCCCAGAGGAAAAUAGGAGCCUUGUGUCAUGCUUCGUGGCGGCCGUGAAGGCUGGUCGGCAUGACGAGCUCAUGGACGGCAAUGUUAGGAAGGAGAUGGGGCCAGAGGCCCUGGAAGAGGUCACACACCUCUUAAUGCGAUGUGUGAGCAUGAGCGGCGAUGAGCGGCCCGGGAUGAAGGAGGUUGCAGAGAGGCUGGAGGCACUGAGAAGAUACCAGCGGCAUCCAUGGGGUCAUGCUGGUGGUGGUGAUUUGGAGGAGGGGGAAGAUGAGAAGAGCUUGCUUGGGAGGAAGCAACAAUGUGAUGUGGACUACAAAUUCAGACCACAUGACGUGCUUGAUCUUGAGGGGGAUAGCACGUAUAUAUACUUAUAG